CACACGCGCCACAUUGUCUUUUUAUUCACAGUUCACGCGCCACGAAUGAUUUAAGUGCGAAAAUUAUGGCGACGUGGGCGGUGCUGGCUGGCUGGCCGGCCGGAAUGUGUUUCCGUUACACCUUCACCGCGUCGGCCCAGUAAGGGAACUCUCCCGAAGAAACUAGAACCCCAAACAACCCUCAAUAUUCCUAUUUUACCCCCUGUCCGACUUGGAAACUGACACUCAUCACCCCACCGUCCAUCUCCCAUCCAACGGCCACAAUUUCUCCAGAACGUUCUCGAACUCCCGCGCUAUUGCGCCUUCCCCACUACGCUUCCCCGGCGUAUAAAACCUCCUCCUCCUCUUCGCCGCAGUUCCUCAAUAUUGUUAGUCCCUGAAUCUAACAGAAGCCUAAAAAAAUCCGUCGAAAACCCUACGAUCUCUCUACGUUUUGUUCGAUUCUUUUUUCCUCCGGCGAAGAUAUGGCGAAAGGUGAAGGUCCUGCUAUCGGUAUCGACCUAGGUACCACGUACUCCUGCGUCGGAGUAUGGCAGCACGACAGAGUGGAGAUCAUCGCCAACGAUCAGGGCAACAGGACGACUCCGUCCUAUGUUGCUUUCACCGACACCGAGCGGUUGAUCGGCGACGCCGCUAAGAACCAGGUCGCCAUGAACCCCACCAACACCGUCUUCGAUGCGAAGAGGUUGAUUGGGAGGAGGAUCAGUGACCCCUCUGUCCAGAGCGACAUGAAGCUAUGGCCUUUCAAGGUGAUCCCUGGUCCUGCGGAGAAGCCCAUGAUUGUGGUCAAUUACAAAGGUGAAGAGAAGACCUUCGCUGCAGAAGAGAUCUCUUCCAUGGUGCUUAUUAAGAUGCGGGAGAUUGCUGAGGCGUAUCUUGGUACCACCAUUAAGAAUGCUGUCGUGACAGUUCCUGCUUACUUCAAUGAUUCCCAGAGGCAGGCAACCAAGGAUGCAGGAGUCAUUGCUGGCCUCAAUGUUAUGCGAAUCAUCAAUGAGCCUACUGCUGCUGCUAUUGCUUAUGGUCUUGACAAGAAGGCCACCAGUGUUGGGGAGAAGAAUGUUCUGAUCUUUGACCUUGGUGGUGGUACUUUUGAUGUUUCCUUGCUGACCAUUGAGGAGGGUAUCUUUGAGGUGAAGGCGACUGCUGGUGACACUCACCUUGGUGGUGAGGAUUUUGACAACAGAUUGGUCAAUCACUUUGUUCAGGAGUUUAAGAGGAAGAACAAGAAGGAUAUCAGCGGGAACCCAAGGGCCCUCAGGAGGUUGAGGACUGCUUGUGAGAGGGCGAAGAGAACCCUUUCAUCCACUGCCCAGACCACCAUCGAGAUUGACUCUCUAUAUGAGGGUAUUGAUUUCUACUCCACCAUCACCCGUGCCAGAUUCGAGGAGCUCAACAUGGAUCUCUUCAGGAAGUGCAUGGAGCCAGUGGAGAAGUGUUUGAGGGACGCCAAGAUGGACAAGAGCGCCAUUCAUGAUGUCGUUCUUGUCGGUGGAUCCACCAGGAUUCCCAAGGUGCAGCAGUUGCUUCAGGACUUCUUCAACGGGAAGGAGCUCUGCAAGAGCAUCAACCCCGACGAGGCCGUUGCCUAUGGCGCAGCAGUGCAAGCUGCCAUCUUGAGCGGCGAAGGCAACGAGAAGGUGCAGGAUCUUCUUUUGUUGGAUGUCACUCCUCUUUCUCUCGGGCUCGAGACUGCUGGAGGUGUCAUGACUGUUUUGAUCCCGAGGAACACCACCAUACCAACAAAGAAGGAACAAGUCUUCUCUACUUACUCCGACAACCAACCCGGUGUGUUGAUCCAGGUCUUCGAGGGUGAGAGGGCCAGAACCAAGGACAACAACUUGCUCGGCAAGUUCGAGCUGUCUGGCAUCCCCCCUGCCCCAAGAGGAGUACCCCAGAUCACCGUCUGCUUCGACAUUGACGCCAACGGUAUCCUGAACGUCUCGGCCGAGGACAAGACCACGGGGCAGAAGAACAAGAUCACCAUCACCAACGACAAGGGGAGGUUGUCCAAGGACGAGAUUGAGAAGAUGGUUCAGGAGGCAGAGAAAUACAAGUCCGAAGACGAAGAGCACAAGAAGAAGGUGGAGGCCAAGAACGCCUUGGAGAACUACGCUUACAACAUGAGGAACACCGUCAAGGACGAGAAGAUUGCUGCCAAGCUCGACGCUGCUGACAAGAGCAAGAUCGAGGAUGCCAUCGACAAGGCCAUCCAGUGGCUGGACAACAACCAGCUGGCGGAGACUGACGAGUUCGAGGACAAGAUGAAGGAGCUCGAAGGCAUCUGCAACCCGAUCAUUGCCAAGAUGUACUCUGCAGGUGGCGGCCCUGGCAUGCCUGGUGGUGGCAUGGACGAGGAUGAUGAUGUUCCGGCUUCCGGUGGCAGUGGAGCUGGCCCUAAGAUUGAAGAAGUGGACUAAGUUGUUUCGGUUUUAUAGUUGUUGGAGACGAUGGUAGUGGAUGUUUGGACUGUGUCCUUUUUUUCUGGUUUAAUUUGCUCUAUUUUCUGGUGGUCGGGAUGCAAGCUUGUGACUUGCUUGUUUUUGUUUUUUAUGCAAUUUAAGUAGUACAAUUGUCAUUCUCAUUUCGGCAUUCUUGAUCUGGCUACUUAAAGAUUAAUAGUUCUCUCUAAUUUUGAUAGUAUAUGCAAAACCCUGGCAAUCGGCUGGGAACUGGAGAAAUGGAAACCAUCGAACCGGCAAGGUCAUUCCGUCUAAAAUCAGACCGCUUAAAUAAGAGCAUAAACACAGUAGCGCAAACUGAUGCGAACAGUAGUACAAACUUGUUUUUAGAGAGACAACGGUAGCCGUUGCUCGAGGAAGAACAACGUUGAAGUCAUGAAGUCGUCAAAUGGUGAAGUUGAAUAGCCUGUAAUUCCUGGACCACGUUUAAGCCGCAGAUAGAGACAACCAUGUCAGUGUUGCAGCGCGCAGCUUUGAAACGGAACUGUCGCAAACCAACGGCCAUAACACAAAUGUGGUUGUAGAUGAACAUACUUCGGAUGUCAUGGAGCAUGCGGCCAAGGGCACUCCAUUGAGGACUGGUUUUCGAACAAGAGCACUCCGUUGGGGAUGCGCCCAAGCUGAAAGCAGAGCUGGAGACAUGCUUUGAUUGUCGCCAGAAGAAUGAAAACUCAGCAACUCACUGGAUUGGCUAGACUCUAGAGUACGAGAAGGAACUGAUUAUACAACUGACGCAGUCGGAUAUGCUAUACAGUCUAUCCCUGAAACAAAUUUACACAGCUAUA